AUGGCACCACCAUCCACAGUAAUGGUCAGAUUUGAAAUCGUCAACAUGUAUCGGAAUACGACCGCUCUUCUCGGCCGUCCAGUCGAGCUGGAUACCUCAAUGGACGCUCUGAUACACAGUCUGGGACCCGUCCUCCGAAGCACCGCCGAAGUGCACAGGCAGGAUCUUUUCGAACUGGAUUCUUUGCCGAAAGGAAGGCGUGGUUUCUACGGUCGCUUCAAUCUGAACUUCGACGAAGACCACAUGCCAAUCAGGAAUACACUUGUCCACGAAGACCGAUAUGGGUUGUGCCGGUUCCAGGGUAUCAAGGAUUUGUUCACCACGGCAGAAAUUGAGAAGGCUGAGGGCAGUGGGACGCCUCUUGUGGUGCCUCUAUUACUGUCUCUCCGGGACAUGCGUCUGAAGACGUCGUCAGAUGGUAGUUACGAGAUCGGUGCCGACUUUGGCUCGGCGCCGAAGCUACAUGCUGUGAUCGUUGAGAAUGACUUGUCGCACCAGAGCUUGGAGGGAAAACUGAAGUUCACGUCAGCAUACGAAGGACGAUUCGCAUACCGACGCCUGGAUCCAGCAAGUGGAGAACAUGCAUUCGUCAGCAUCCCCGGGGACAAAACAAUGAAUCAGGUCGAGAGUCUCGACUGGUACACCUGCCGUCAGGAUCUUCUUGAUUGGGUCGUCCAAAUGGCACACGCUGGCGAGACCUCGAGGACCGGCGAGCCAAUGAUGACCUUCAACAGCUUCAAGCGCAGCCCGGCCAUACAACCAUGCCCUGAAGUCAAGACGCUGUAUCUGAUAGUCCGACUCGUGAACGAGAUUGGUUCCAUUGGUCUUGGCCAUGUGCAGUUGCUACCAAUGAUACUGCUCAGGAUCAAGGAUGGCAAGUUGAGGUCGAAAAGGGUCAAGAACAUUCUGAUGGCAGUAAUGGUACGCUAUCCUAUCGCAAGAGCCAGCGAAAUCAUGGCAGUCGAGACACGUUCGCAGUGGGAGAUUCAACUUUGGGUUAUGCCUCAAGUCGAUCGUGAGCAGAGGAAGCUGCACCUGUAUGAGAAGCAAGACGUGAAGGAGUUCUUGAAUCCUGCCUGGUUCGGUGAUGGAGGUGCGGCAUGCUUGUAUGUAGAAGCUCACCUGGUGCCUCGAUUUUCCAGUGGGCGGAUGAGAGGGGGUUGA